CUGAAUGAGCUAGUGGUGGGAGAUACCAAUGGGAAACUCUACGUUUACAAAAAUGAUGACAGCAAACCCUGGGCUGUGCGAACCUGCCAAGGAAUGCUCACAUGUGUUGGCGUGGGAGAUGUAUGUAAUAAAGGAAAGAAUCUCGUGGUGGCGGUGAGUGCAGAAGGCUGGUUUCAUCUUUUUGACCUAACUUCUCCGAAACACCCAGAUGCUUCAGGCCACCAUGAGUUGGCAGGAGGAGAAGAGCAGAAGCCAGUGUUCAAGCAGCACAUUCCUGCCAACACCAAGGUCAUGCUGAUCAAUGACAUCGAUGGAGAUGGGAAGUGUGAAUUGGUGGUGGGUUACACUGACCGGGUGGUACGUGCCUUCCGCUGGGAAGACUUGUCAGAGAAUUCAGACCAUGUCUCUGGCCAGCUGCUCCUGUUGAAGAAAUGGCUGCUAGAAGGUCAGGUGGACAGCCUCUCUGUAAACCCAGGCCCUGAUGGCUCACCGGAGUUGAUGGUGUCUCAGCCAGGCUGCGGUUAUGCCAUUCUGCUGUGCACCUGGGACUCUGAGCAGCAGACCACGACAGAGGGAAGAGACUGCUCUGCCCCAAGCAGUGAGACCCCUGUUCGAGAUGUUAUUCUACAUCAGACAUCUGGACGGAUUCACAACAAGAACGUUUCCACUCAUCUAAUUGGUAGCAUUGGCCGAGGCUGCUCCAGUGAGAAUGUUGGCUCAGGUCUUUUUGCCCUCUGUACUCUGGAUGGGACAUUGAAACUCAUGGAGGGAGCGGAUAAACUGCUCUGGUCUGUGCAGGUUGAUCACCAGCUGUUUGCUCUGGAAAAGCUGGAUGUUACUGGCAACGGGCACGAGGAGGUGAUUGCCUGUGCAUGGGAUGGUCAGACGUACAUCAUCGACCACAAUCGAACUGUUGCCAGAUUUCAGGCAGAUGAGAAUGUCAGUGCAUUCUGUGCAGGCCUCUAUGCGUGCAAAGGAGGAAGCAACAGCCCUUGUCUGGUUUAUGUCAGCUUCAAUCAGAAGAUCUACAUCUAUUGGGAUGUGCAGUUGGAGAGAAUGGAGUCCACCAACCUGUUGAAAAUCCUGGAUUGUAACCCAGAGUUUGGGGAUCUCCUGCGGGAGCUGGGUGUGGACAGAGAUGACACUUCUGCUGUCAAAGAUCUGAUUUACAAAACACUGUAUUUUCCUGAUAAACAGCAGCAGAGCAGCCUUUCGCAGUGUCAGGACCCUUCUGGAACAGACUCCUCUGCCCACUGCAGUGCCAACCAGGAUCCCUUAUAA